AUGGAGGCCUCGGCGGCGGCGGUGGAAGCGAACGAGGAGGGUGGGGGGAGGGGAGGGGGGGAGGUGGAGCAGACGAGCUGCGAUCUCCGGGCGGGCAGAGCGGCGCCACUUCCGCUUCCGGUGGUGGCGGCCGUCGCGGGGAUGCGGCGGGGCCCGGUGCCGGUGGUGGCCUUCGUGCUGGCGCUGGGCGCGGCGGCGCGAGGUGGCGGUUCCGGGCCUGUAACGUGCGGUUCGGUGGUGAAGCUGCUCAACGUGCGGCACAACGUUCGGCUGCAUUCGCACGAUGUGCGCUACGGCUCCGGCAGCGGGCAGCAGUCGGUGACCGGCGUGUCGGCGGCGGAUGAUGGGAACAGCUACUGGAGGGUGCGAGGCCGCACGGCCGCUGUGUGCGAGCGGGGCCAGCCGGUGCGCUGCGGGCAGGCCAUCCGCCUCACGCACCUGGGCACCGGCCGCAACCUGCACAGCCACAACUUCGUCUCCCCGCUCUCGGGCAACCAGGAAGUGAGCGCCUUUGGGGAGGAUGGUGAGGGCGAUUACCUGGACGACUGGACAGUGCUGUGCAGUGGGACCUACUGGGCACGGGACAGCGAGGUGCGUUUCCAGCACACCUCCACCGACGUCUUCCUCUCGGUGACAGGCGAGCAGUAUGGGCGGCCCAUCAACGGGCAGAGGGAGGUGCACGGCAUGGCCACCUCCAGCCAGAAUAAUUACUGGAAGGUGAUGGAAGGCAUCUUCAUGCAGCCCGGAGAGGUCUUCAAAGCAGAGCAGCACCACGUUGAGUUGUGACUGAUGGACUGAUGCGUUCGGGUGCUUGGUGUGGGGAUGGCCACUGUCCACAUGUGAUUGUGACGCAUAUUGGGAAGUGGAGCCCAACAUCCUGAAUCCAACACAAAGCUGAUCCUGGUGUGCUGAAUUUGACACUUGGUGUUUGGGAUCUGAUGCAAAGCAGAUCCCAGAACCCUGAGUCAACAUAAAGCUGAUCCCAAAUCCAGCACAAAACUGAUCCCAAAAUCCUGAAUCUAGUACACAGCUCAUCCCGACAUCCCAAAUCCAGCAUCCCAAAUCCAACAUCCCAAAUCCAACAUCCCAAAUCCAACAUAAAGCUGAUCCCAGAAUUCCAAAUCCAACACUACAGCUGAUUCCAGUGUCCUAAAUUUAACACUAAGCAGAUUCCACCUUCCCAGAUCCAGCAUAAGGUCAACGCCAAAGCCCAGUUCAGACAAGAAGCAGAGCUCAGUGCCCCAAAUCCAACAGGAGUCAGAUCACAGAACCUCAGAUCCAAGCACCCCAAAUCCAAUGCAAAGCAGAUCCCAGCAUCCCAAAUCCAACACAAAACAGAUCCCAGCAUCCCAAAUCCAACACAGAGCAGAUCCCAGCAUCCCAAAUCAGAUCCCAAAGUCCCAUUUGGACACAGAUCCCAGAACCCUCAAAUAAAUCACAUCCCAAAGACCA